UGACUUGUUUUUCAAAAUCUUGAGAAACGUUAUCAUAAUGAGUUGAACUCUCAUAAUGACUAAUUUUCUAUAUCGAGAAACCUCAUAAUAAUGACUGUUUUUCAAAAUAAUGAAACUUUCUCAUAAUAAUGAUUUUGUUUUUCAAAAUCUUGAGAAACAUUAUCAUAAUGACUUGAACUCUCAUAAUGACUAAUUUUCUAUAAUAUCGAGAAACCUUCUCAUAAUAAUGACUUUGUUUUUCAAAAUAACGAAACUUUCUCAUAAUAAUGACUUAGUUUCUUGUAAUAAUGACUUAGUUUCUCAUAAUAACACGAAGUUUUCUCAUAAUAAUGAGAUAAAAAUAAGAUGAUAAAAAAGAGAAUGUUUCUCAUUAUUAUGAGGUGUUAAGUAAUUAUCAUGGGGAAGUUUCACAUCAUUUUGAAAUAAGUCAUCAUCAUGUGAGAGUUUCUCAUUCUGACUUACAAAAUCAUAUACUCAACUGAGGCAGCACCAGGCUUUCAUACAUAUAAUUAUAAAGGUUUCCACCUUCAGACCAACUUAACAAAAAUGUACCAUGGAAACUAUAGCCCUGAUAUUUCAAUAAACCAUCACGGUCACUCCGGUCAGUUACAAAUAAAAUAUGGCUUUCUUGCACGUCCUGAAAUGUUAUUCGAUUUGAGGAAAAUCUCUGAUUUGUUUAUGAUUAUGAUUUUACGCUAGUAACGUGAUAACUGUAGUAUUUUCUAGGAAAUUAUGGUACCAUCUUCAGCCCUUUCUGUACUUACCACUCCUCUCCGUUGGUAGGCGCUGAAUCGGUUUAUUCUGUGAUUAAAGAGGAACAUAUACGUGGUCAUAUGACAACAGAGAAGCGUGUUUACAUUCUGUCUUACUUUCCGCCGAAAAUAAAAUAACUGCAUUUACUGCGAACCGACAGCAACAUGACGAAGCUGCAGGUCAUCAACACGUUUCUGACGGAGCGCUUGAUGGCGGCGCUCAAUGAGAUCAUGGACAUGAUCGGCGGGACUGUCCUGCAGUAUGAGAAAGAGCUGGACAGCGUGCACAAGGACAACGAAUAUCUGAGACGGAGACUGAAGGAGAUUGAGAAAAUCGUCGAGUCAAUCGGUCCAGCCGUCUCAAAUCCUGCACCAUCAUCUCCUCCACCGCAUCUAAACUGGACUUCUAGCGUUGAAACGGAAACAUUGCCAACAGAGAUCUAUCAGAACCAGAACCAGAAUCAGCUCAGCUUCAAUGGGUUCCAAAGGGGGAAGCAGGAAGAUCUAAGCACAGCUUCUUCAGGAUUUUGAGAUAUGGAGACUUAAUGAGACAUAAUUGUGUGAUUUGGUACAACGCUUGCACACACACAUUACUAAGGCUUGAGAGAAGCUUAUUUGAAUGCACAUUAAUAAUGCAUGCAGGGAAAGCUCAAGUGUGACUCUGAAUAUGUAACACUUACACCGCAAGAGCAACAAUAUUUACAUGAAAUAUUCGAUAAAGCUUCUGUAAGGAUUAAAAACAUUAAUUUUUUUUUACAGUUAUCUGGGUCAGGAGCUAUAAAGGAUUGUAAUGGGGAAGAUCAAAGUUUAGACUGAUGCAGAUAUAUUGAGUAAACACAAUAAAAAAAGCACAUCCCUGUGUUAUUUCUGUUAUACAGUUUAAUGUCUGCAUGUCUAAAUAUAUUACAUUAUUAAAAAGUAUUAAACAAUUUUUAAAGAUGUAAAUCAUAUUAGUUCCUUUUUUAUCUUCUCUUAAUAUCACAAUUAAGUAAACACACAGGUACAUUUUAUAUAAUUUCACUUUAAUUUGAACAGAUGCUAUUUUAAAUGCAAUUUAAUAUUCAAGAAAUAUUCCAAGUGUUUCUUCAUUUUUUUCAUUCUCUAAUUAAAAAUAUUUAAGAAACAUGUUGGAUUUUCUUGUAUCUUCAGUUUUGCUUUCCUAUUAGUCAUAUCUCUUAUCCCUUACAGAUAAAUGCCAGAUCCUUAAUAACAUCAUCCUACAGGAUGUGACAUCAUUUUUGUCUGAAAACAACAGCACAAACAUAAGUAAGGACUAAUAAUGAUUUGAUUAAUUCUGUUUUGUUUUGUGGUAAAACUUGAUUUGUCAUCUUUUCUGAUAAAAUUAAAGAGACCAGCAUGAUAUAAUACAAAUAGUGAAAUUACCAACAAUGUAACUCUCAAUCUCCCACUAAGCAAUAAUUAAAGGUGCAAUGUGUAAAUUUUA